CCGAGAAGCUUGGUUGGGUCUGGAGUCCCCCGAGAGUCCGUUUGUGCUUUUUCGCGAGGUUUCCAGGGAAGAUCUGGUUAAAAGCACAGACUAAGCAGCAACUCUUAGAAUAUAAAUCGAUGCUUGAUGCAAAUGAAGAAAAAACUCCAGAACACAUCAUGCAAGAAAAGCAAAUUGAAGCUAAAAUUGAAGACCUGGAAAAUGAACUUGAAGACGCAAAAAUUGCUUUUGAAAUGAAAACUCUUGCAUUAGACAGGAUGCAGCUUUCAAUUGCACUUAAAAGAUAUCUGGAGAAAGUUAACACCAAGUCUAGUGUGCUUGUGGAUACCAUGAAGCAUAUAUUGAAGCUUAAUAAAUUAAUAAUGAAAUCCCAGCAGGAAUCUUCGGACUUAGAGGAAAAACUGCUUGAUGUUAGAAAGAAGAGAUUGGAAUUAAAACAAGCUUCAGAAAGUAAGUUUUUGGAGAUACAGACUGAGAAGAACAAACAGAAAAACGACUUGGACAAUAUAGAAAAUUCGGACACAAUAAAGACCAUGAAACAAAACCUACAGACAGAGAUACAAAUUACUACAGUUAUACAACAUGUAUUCCAGAGCCUCAUCUUGGGGAGUAAAGUCAACUGGGCAGAGGAUUCUGCCUUUAAGGAAACUGUUCUGCAGCUUGAGAAAAACCUCGCCAUGAUCUAAUGGUUCUAGUUUGUUUUUGUCUUUGAUGUGUCAUUUAAAUAGCAGAUUUCAGAUGAAGUGUAUUUUCAGUGUGUUUGGAAUGCUCUGUCACUUUUGUUGGUUUUAUUCAGCACUGUAACGUGGCAUCUAUUGUUUUAAAGACAAUUAGAGUGACUGGCAGACUCUUGGCAUCUAUUGUUUUAAAGAUAAUUAGUGACUGGCAUACUCUAAAAGAGUCUGAAAAUCUUAGCCUUGGAAGACUCCUGAAGGACAUCUGGUCCAGCUUUCCGUUGAGAGUGAACAUUUGUUCUACAUUUCUGACAGUUCUAACUCUUAACUGGGAUACUUAUGUGCAUUUGUGUAUUUGUCAACCAAAAUUUUUGAAAAGUAUAUACAGUGUUUAUAGUGGUCAUUAUUUGUAGUAGAAUUGGGAGUGACUAUUUUUCUUUUUGUAUUUCUAUGUUUAGUAUGCAUUAUUUUUUUACAUUAAUUUUAUGUUAAGAAAUAA